CCACCCCCGCGCAUUCUUCUGCCUUGUAAGGCCUGACCGCCGGCGGUCCUGCCAGCCGGGUCUCCACCCCCCGAGCUCAGAGCAGUGGCUACAGCGGCUGCCCGCCAGCUCACACGGCCGCGCAGCACCGCCCGGGACUUUUCUUCUCUGCAGCAGGGAAACCCCACCACCCAAAGCCAAGAUGUCCAGCAAACGGGCCAAAGCAAAGACCACCAAGAAGCGGCCCCAGAGGGCUACGUCUAAUGUCUUCGCCAUGUUUGACCAGUCCCAGAUCCAGGAGUUUAAGGAGGCCUUCAACAUGAUUGAUCAGAACCGCGAUGGCUUCAUUGACAAGGAGGACCUCCACGACAUGCUGGCCUCUCUGGGGAAGAACCCCACGGAUGAGUACCUGGAGGGCAUGAUGAGCGAGGCGCCAGGGCCCAUCAACUUCACCAUGUUCCUCACCAUGUUUGGGGAGAAGCUGAACGGCACAGACCCGGAGGAUGUGAUCCGCAAUGCCUUCGCCUGCUUUGACGAGGAGGCCUCAGGGUUCAUCCAUGAGGACCAUCUGCGGGAGCUGCUCACCACCAUGGGUGACCGAUUCACAGAUGAGGAGGUGGAUGAGAUGUACCGUGAGGCACCCAUUGAUAAGAAGGGCAACUUCAACUAUGUGGAGUUCACCCGCAUCCUCAAGCAUGGCGCCAAGGACAAAGACGACUAGGCUUUUCUUAGCUGUCCCAAUGCCCAGACCCUAUCCCAGUCACCUUCCCAACACACCACACUCUACCUUCCAUGAGGAGUUGGGGUCCCAAGCUCCCCGGGCAGGAAAUGAGCUCUAAGACCCACUGGGUGAGGCAGGUGUCCCACCAUGGCCCCAGGCACUAGGAGGGAUCUCUUUAGGGAAGGACUGUAGCGGGGCGGUGAGCCAGGGUGGAACCCCGGCCCCUGAAGAUGGCCACCCUCAACCAUGCCCGCUCGUUCCAGGGCUGCCCUGAGGAGGAAGGCAUUCAUAUCCUGGUGUUGGACACUAAUUCCCAGCAUCCCCACAAAGGCACACACACAUUCACCAUGUCCCUUCGGAGGAUGACAAUCGUCCUGUCUGACACUUACGCCUGUCCAGUUGCCAGAACACACCCGGAAUGCACAGAGGGAAGCGGCCUGGGGAUGCAGCCUCUAAUACAAGGCUGAUCACUGCC